AAAGCAAGAUGGCGAUAUCCGUGUACAAGAUAUUUUUGAUACUUUUGGUGAGCAAUUACAUUAGGUGUAUGCCAGAGGAAGGAGUUUGGACUGUUAAUUACAAUUCUGAGACAAAAGUUCAUGCAUUCCCCAAAUGUAUGAACAGUAACACAAAGAUUUCUGUAACUAUGGACUGCGGAUCGGACAAUGAUGACGUAGACUUGAAAAUAAGGUAUCUGUUGAGAGAAUCGCCAUGUGCACAAGAGUUUGACGGCAUAGAAAAUAAUGCUGAGAUAAUGAACAGCUAUUUGCAGCACCCCGAAACAGUGUUAAAUACACAUUUUGACUAUUCAAAGUUUUCCUACAUUUUGAAUACUACUACUGAAAAAUGUGCCCAACACAGUUCUCAUAUUAACUUAGAAUUUGGUCCUCAAAGUCCUCAGAUGGUUAUUGUGAAACAAGCGGCUCCAGAAAAAACGGGAAAUCAGUCGACAACAGUUGGACAGCCAGUUGCACGAGCAAAACGAGCAGCUACAGAGGGGACGUCGUCCAUGCCCACUACAGUAACUGUAUCUCAAAAGAUGACGACAACGACUACAAAAAAACCUGACACUGAAAGUAUUGUAGCCACGACAUGGAAGGAUGGUUGCUAUGUGUUCAUUUUAGAAAUUGAUCCAAGUUUCACGUCUGAUAAAGUGAAGAAAAAUAAUAAAAUGGAAGUUACUGUGAAGAUGUCGGGAGAUCAUGGCUACAUCUCAGCUGUAGACUUUCCUCUUGAAGUGUUCUAUGGAGUGAUGGGUUUAGUGUACAUAGGAUUUGGAAUCGUGUGGAUCCUGGUGCUGGCCUGCCACUGGAAAGAUCUCCUGCGAGUACAGUUCUGGGUUGGAGGUGUUAUUGUACUAGGAAUGUUAGAAAAGGCUGUAUUCUUUGCAGAAUAUAAAAAUAUUGCUGAAACAGGAAAAUCUGUGCGUGGUGCCUUCAUCUUGGCGGAACUUGUGUCUGCCAUGAAGAGGACUCUUGCCAGAAUGCUGGUCAUUGUAGUCAGUCUCGGCUUUGGUAUUGUCAAACCACGACUGGGUCAAACAUUCCACAAAGUUCUGUGUGUUGGAGUUGCAUUUUUCGUGCUCGCUUCUCUUGAAGGCUGUAUGAGAGGAUCCAAGUCAAAAAGUGACCAGUCCAAUGCACUGAUGCUAGCCACUGUACCAUUGGCUGUGACUGAUGCUGUUAUUGUCUGGUGGAUCUUUACGAGUUUGGUUCAGACGACUCGCACUCUCAGACUGAGAAGAAAUAUAGUGAAGCUUUCAUUAUACAGACAUUUUACAAACACACUCAUUUUUGCUGUUUUAGCUUCCAUUGCGUUUAUGAUUUGGUCCAUAAUACAGCAUAAAUUAAAAUACUGUACAACAGACUGGAAAGAGCUGUGGGUGGAUGAAGCGUUCUGGCAUCUUCUCUUCUCGGUCAUUCUCCUCAUCAUCAUGAUCCUCUGGAGGCCAGACGCAAAUAAUCAGAGGUAUGCGUUUUCACCUCUGCUGGAUGCAGCUGAAGAUGAAAUUGACGAAGAUCAGCUCAUGAACGAUGCAUUUGAUGGAAUGAAACUGCGAGGGGUUAAAGGUCAGGCUAAUGGGUCUCCGAGACAAAAAGAAAAAUCAAAACCUGACGAUGACCUCAAGUGGGUGGAAGAAAACAUUCCAUCGUCAGUUGCAGACAAAGCCUUACCCAGUCUACUUGAUUCUGAUGAAGAACUCAUGAAUACCAAAUUUGAGAUGUCUAAAAUGGAAUGAAAUGUGUUUGUCUUCUUCCAGUGGAAGGUGAUGGGAUGAUGAUGAGACCUUGUUAAUCCAGACUAGAGUAUUUGAGAACUGACAGUGAAAAGGCAAAACAAACAUCUCACUCCAUAAACUUGUUUAUAAUUCAGACAAUCUGCCUCUAACACCAAACAGUUACUUUCCAAAACAAGGUGGGGAAAAAAUAGCAGUGCACUUUAUUUGGUUUAAACAAUAUUAAUUUCUGUUAAUAUUAACAUAUGGGAUUGGUCAACAGGUGUAGCCUAUAUAGACAUUUCUCUACAUUAUACAUUAGAAAUAAUUUAUAACUGGUUAACAUGAUCAGGUAUGAAUAUCGGCAAAAAGAUGGAGACAUUUUCAGAAAGAAAGUUCACAGAAUGCAAAAUAAUUUUGCAUAGAAUUGUUCAGUGUGACAACCUGUCAUAGCCAGAUCUUUUUUAAAACACCAUGUUGUUAUUUGUUUUGUCUGCUUUAAUUUUGUAAUGAUUUAUGAUUCCAUUAAAAUGCAAUUUUUACAUAUCAAUUAAUGACCCUGACACUGUUUGGAAAAAUUGUUAUGUCUGAAUUAACAAGGUCUCACUGAUACAGCUAUAGAAUUGAGCUAGCUUGUCACUGAAUUUAAUUUAAUUUAUAUAAUUAAGCUGUUAUGUAAGUGAACUUGAUUUAUGUAAUGUAAUGGAACUGUUACUCUAAGGAUAGAAUCUAUGCCAUGCAUACGAGUGAUCGUGUAACUGAAAUUAAUGUCUUGUGAAUUAAUGAUUGUGUUGUAAAUAUGUUCUCAUCUGAAUGAUAAAAUCACUUUAUAAGGGUAUUUAGGAUUUCUCUGUUUGUGUUUUCACUUGUGUGUCUGGGGUUGUUUGUUUUUUUUCAGUUCCCAGCAUUCAUCUCUCAGAAAUAAAUGUGGGACACCUUUCUUAUUCUGUACAUCAGUGUGACAGUUUCUUGUUUUUUAUUGUGCCGGUGUGUUGUUAAGCAUUCAUUUAUUUAAUUAUUCAUGUGUGUGAGUGUGUUUCAUGAUUAAUCAGUACUUCACUGAUAAACUUUGAUAUUAAUACAGUUAAAAUACUUCUCAUUCGUCUUCACACACUUGUCACACUGAAUUCCUUGACCAUUGUCAUUUCUGACACUUACAUGAUGGAGUUAAUUUCUUGACCAAUUCCAUAACUCAUACUUAUGAUUAUCACAAGUCAUCCACAUGAUGGCUUUGAUACCUAGACCAAUCCUACAAAUGUUCCUUCUGACAUAUGACAAGUCACUGGCAUAAUGGAAUCAAUUCCGUAACCAGUUCUACAAAUGUUCUGAUGUAUGACAAGUCAUUGACACAAUGGAGUUGAUUCCUGACAAUUAGUUUUAAAUGUUCUGACAUAUGAGAAGUCAUUGACAUGAUGGAGUUGAUUCCUGACAGUUAGUUUUAAAUGUUCUGACAUAUGACAAGUCAUUGACAUGAUGGAGUUGAUUCCUUGACAAUUUUAGAAAUGUUCUGACAUAUGACAAGUCAUUGACAUGAUUGAGUCGAUUCCUUGACAGUUCUACAAAACAUACUUCUGACAUUUUACAAGUAAUGGACAAGAUAGGAUUUAAUUCAGGAGAGACUAAGACUGAGUAUCACUCGGUCUGUGAGACCUAGAUCGGUUUUAAAACAAACCUCAAAUUUGAUUUAAAGUUUUGAUGAGUAGAUGGGUCCAUUGAAUGUAUUAUUACUUUUUCAUCACCUACUGUACAGUGUGUAUAUAUUACAUCAUGUCAUAUAUGAGGGUGCUUUCUUCUUAAAACAUAUUCUAAUCAUAGUCAUUGUAUUAUAUAUGUGAUAACUGCAUAAUGAAAGAUACUUGUAAAAAUUAUAUAUAUAUAUAUAUAUAUAUAUAUAUAUAUAUAUAUAUAUAUAUCUCUGUGUGUGUAUGUAAUGUCUGUAUAUGUAAUACGACUACUUUGUGAAGACUAAAUUGCAAACGGAGAUGUAUCUGAUCAGUGGUAAUGUCGGACUUCAGUAUUCUCAGCAUAUUAAAAUAACUUUUAAUAGUACCAAUAACUGAUUUAUUUGUCAGUUAUAUGUAGCUUGUAAGUUAGCUUGUAAGUUAUAUGUAGCUUGUAAUGUUACAAUAAUAAUAAUAAUAAUAAUAAAACUAAAGACAAAUUAAACAAAUCUUGAAUAUAUUUGGUUCUUUGGAUACUUAUGUUUGGAAAUAAUAUCUGAAGCUACCCAAAUGUAAACAAAAUAGUUGUAACCGAUAAAAGCAGUGAUAUAUCUAUGCAUUCAGUUAUAAUUAAGAUACGGGCCAAGAAUACCAAGUGAUACCGAAGUCCGAAAAUUACCGUAAUUCGAUGUACCUCACUACAAAUAAGUUAGAUUAUGAUAGUUUUUGUGGGGACGGUCUUUUUUUAAAUGUUGUUUUGUUCCAUUCCAACUAUCAUUGUGUGGUCAGUCAGUAUUUUAUUUUUAUUUAGAAAAACAAGUUCUGUGUAUUAAAUGAAAUAUUUAAAGAAAAAAAUAAGAGAAGAAAACAAGAGGUUUGUUCCAAUCUAACCAUCAUUAUGGUCAAUCAUUUGGGGGUGUGUGGAUGGGGGAGUUGUUUUUCAAUGAUAAUAUGGGGGGAGCAAAAGAAAAAAUACUUGAAGGAAAAUGAGAUUGAGCAUUUUUUUUAUGAGUUAAUUGACUAGAGCAAACCUUUUACUUAGAACUUCAAAAAAAAUAAUUAAAUCACCUGGUAUCAGUUUGUUUAAUGUAUGUUAAUGAAGUGUUUAUCCUCUAACCACCAUUUCUAUUGACAGAAUAUGAUGACGGAUAACGCAGUCAUAUUUUGCUACUAGCAGGAUAUGACGUCACAUGCAUAGCCUACAUUACAAAAUCACUCAUUUGACCUCUAGUUCAUUGUACAAUGUGGCUGAAAUAACAGAAAUAAUAGCUUUUUCCCCAUUAAUUUUAUGGUCUGCAGAAUAAAGAGAAUAACUAGUUAAUGACAUCGGAUAUCUGCUUAUCUUGUUCAGGCGGAAUUUCCCAUUCUUACCUUCACAGGAUAAAGCAGAUAUUCGACAUCAUUAACUAGUUAUUCUCUAUUAAAUAAUUUUUGUUUAUUGUUUAUUUAUAUUAAACAUAAUGAAGCUGAUGUGGUGUUUCGGUGGUGCUGCUGUCACUGGAUGCUUUAAUAGUAAUUUGUAUUCUCUAUAUAACUUGUGUGGAGCUAUAUGUAGAUACUGUGAUAAUAUUGAUUAUAUAUUCUGUCAGUUUGUAUAUUAUAGUAUUUUAGCAGCCUGUUCAUUAAUACCAACUGGCACUUUAAGUGCAACUUUGUUAUCAUUGAUCACUUUAAGUUCUUUCAUCUUUUUUUAAACAUUGCUUGAAAAAUAUUAAAUAAUUGUAAGUUAAAAAUAAUAGGUAAUAACCUAAAGAAUUGAAUUUUAAUUCUAAAAGCUUUAGUUAUUUGAUACCAGUGUUAUCAGUUAUCAAUUUUAAAAAUAUAUAUCAGUAUAUAUAUUUGUGUGUCGUGGUAUGUGCUAUCCCAUCUGUGAAAAGGUGCGGUAAAAGAUUCAUUGUUGCUCAUCAAAACAAGUAGUCCAUGUGGUGACAGUGGGUUUUUCUUUUACAAAAUUACUGUCAACACCAAAUGCAUUAAACAGUGGUCUGGCUCAGUUAAACAUUCCUUUCCAAGCUUGCAAAACUAUUACAUUGUAUUUUAUCCCACAACAUUGUCUUUUAAAAACAUUAUUUACUAUAGCUCUUAAGGCCGUGGUAUGUGCUGUGCUGUCCGGUAAAGAGCAUAUAAAAGAUGAUAAUUGGAAAAUGUAUCAGGUUUACUCUGAAAACCACUUGCUAGAAUUACCACAUGUUUGACAUCCAAUGGCCUGUGAUUAAUCUAUCAAGUUCGGCAGUGGUGUCGUUAAACAAAACAAAUUACCGUAGCUAUUGUGUCCUGCAACAACAUGUUUUCUUAAUAACACAAAACCUUCUAAGUAGUCCAUCUGUAUUAAUUUUGAUUGAAAACAUAUUUGAUUGCAUAAAGAACAAAAGGAUUGGGCACAAGUUUGCCAUCUUACUAGGCCCUCUCCUAUAUUAAAUACACAGUGAUUUAGGUAGCUUGUUUUCUUUUUUGCUCUACUUUGCACCGGCCUCAGUGGCGUCGUGGCAGGCCAUCGGUCUACAGGCUGGUAGGUACUGGGUUCAGAUCCCAGUCGAGGCAUGGGAUUUUUAAUCCAGAUACC